UCAGUGGCUGAGUGAUCUACCGAGCAUACGCACGCUAACAUGGACCGAAAAAAACAAACGUUUCAUUUGAACUCAGAACUGUUCGGAUUCUAAACUUAAAGCACUUGCAAAAAGCCUUGGGCGGCCGGCCGGCGAAACAUAACCUCAACACUGAUAUGGACUUAAACACGGUGCAACAAGGCUUUGACAUUUGCAGUUGAUUGUGUGAGUGAAGUUAAACUUUUGUUAUUGUACAGUGACAUUUCAGUUCAAAUGGAUUACUGGCAGUACCAAAUGCCACAAACAGUGCCGCGGUCGGGGUGUAGCCCGCCGUCGGCGUCACAGGGUGAACGAGCCGUGCCCGCCUCUCCCACCGACCUUCAACACUUACUACGUCUGCUGGGCGCCGCUUCGCCCCCCGAGUCCAUGCUACACUCGCCCCAGCACAAACCUCCACCACCAUACCCAACACAGCCACAAACACAGACUACUGAAGACAACGCCUUCCUUGAACGCCUCUACGAUUUCGAAGGCUACCCCACACCUUCCCCAUCUUCAGACGAAGGAUCCAUUCCUACAGUUGCUCUCCAACCGUCUUCCCCCUACAGUUCUAUGAACACCGGAUAUUCUCCCGUCUUCAUAAAGGAGGAGCCCAACAGAUUAACAGUGCCGGGUUUCUCUUCUCCUUAUCCUCUUUCGCCAUCUGGAUCGUGCGUCUCAUACGGCAGUCACAAUCAGUACUCCUCUCCUGUUCCACAACACGACGAGUACAUCGAUAUUGAAGAACUUUUGAAAGAGAAUCAAAUAUUGCAGGAGAGCGUGCAACAGAAUUACAUCACACCAAAAGUAGAAAUUGAAGAGCCCAGAGAUCACAUUUUACUUAGGUCUGCCCUGGAAGACACCACGUUCCAGAAAAGGCUAAAUCUCAGACCUAUCCCCUUGGAAUUGGGGAGUGUGAAAAUGGAAGAAAGUAGCGGAGGCGCGAACGGCACAGGGGAUGAUUCAUUAGUGGCGCCAGAUAUCGACAGAGUGUUAUCAAUGGCCAUUGAACAAUCAAAAAGGGAUGUGGACAACACGUGCACAGUAUUGGGGAUCUCACCAGAUCCAAUGCUGUGGAGCCCUGCAGACGUCAAAUCAUGGGUCAACUUCACACUACAUACUUUCAACUUGCCGAUGGUACCAGAAGAAUAUUUUGCUAUGAAUGGAACCGCCCUUGUUGCGUUAACAGAGGAAGAAUUCAUUCAGAGAGCACCACAGGCUGGAAGCACACUGUACGCACAGUUGGAGAUCUGGAAAGCGGCACGGCACGAGGCGUGGCGGUCACAGUGGUCAGAACACCAACAACCUUCUCCCAACCCUGCCCCUGCUGGGCUUCCUUCAGCUGAUGACAUGAGUGAUGAUGAAGAUUCAGAAUCAGCAGGAACUAGCACAGCAUCAGUCGGUGGCAAGGCGAAGACUGGCAGCACUCACAUACAUUUGUGGCAGUUCCUCAAGGAAUUGCUAGCGUCUCCUCAGAUACAUGGCUCCGCUAUACGAUGGCUCGAUAGAAGUAACGGAGUCUUCAAAAUUGAGGAUUCAGUGCGCGUUGCCAGGCUUUGGGGCAAGAGAAAGAACCGACCAGCGAUGAACUAUGACAAGCUGUCGCGGAGCAUCAGACAAUACUACAAAAAGGGAAUCAUGAAGAAGACAGAAAGGAGUCAGAGGCUGGUGUACCAGUUCUGCCACCCUUAUUGCCUGUAAGAAACACUCCAAACUGGUAGUUUGUAAGUGUAAAUAAUUUAUUUGUAAAUAAGUGUGUGCGCGCCGCGGUAAUGCGGGCAAAGAACUGCUCAAGUUUUGGGUUUGAUCGCAAAACUUGUCGCAGUUGCAGAGUUGUGACAGCCUGGUAGCCUCGUCCGACAAGUGAUGUCCGGACUAACCAGGCGUCAGAUCCCUCCUUAGAAUUCGAGAAAGGUAAUUUUCUCCAGAAUCCUAUAGGACGGGAAUCGCUGUAUGCGUUACAUUAAGUUCUAGUAAUUUUACCGGCGACUAGACGACUACGAUUAAAGAUUAAUUAUUUUCGAUUUUAAAAAUCGGUCAAAAUCGUUCUCGUCGAAAGCUGGUAAUGUUUAUCCCAUAUAUCUAUGAUAUAUUUCUAGUACGUUCUAUGAACUUUUAUAAUAAGCGUCUUGUAAAUAAUCGAGUAUACAAGAAGGCAAUAAUUAUUUGGAAGUAUCUUGUUGCCUGUGUCACAGAAUACAGGGUACUUAUUAGCUAGUAAGUUUGUAAAUCUAGAGAUGUAUGUUCUCUUUAAACUCACGAUAUUUUAUUACGAGUAGAUUUGUUAAAAAUCGAUUGUGGAAAUUGAUAUUAAUCAAGAGAUUAUUAUUUCUAUUUUAUGUUAAAACUAUGACGAGUUACGUCACUUAAACAAUGACGAGUUAUGUCAAUUAAACAAUGACGAGUUACGUCAAUUAAACUAUGACGAGUUACGUCACUUUGAAAUGUAUAAUAUAUUAUUUUGAUAUUUAAGGGCGGUAAUUGGAUAAAAUUGGGUUUUAAACGAGAAUUCUGUGCCAAAUAGACUAAUCAUUUUAUUUGGGACAAAAUUUGAAAAUUGUGAUUUUUAGGAGCCCGCCGACGUAAGGACAGAUUUAUUAAAAUCUAAACUAAAGCGGUGUUGGGAUAUUUUUAUACUUAAGUCAACGCAGUUAGCGUUAUGUAAAAGUUAAUAAUAAUUUUAAAGGACCAAACUAAUGUAGAUUUAAUGAAUCAUUGUAAUUUUGUAAUAAAAAUAAAUGGCCAUUUAUAAAA